GAGUCCGCUUCUUUUACGUAAAUCUUUCGCCGCUUGCGUCUGUUUACUCUCUAUUUGUGUCAAACAAGAACAACCCCUAAAUCCUCUCUCUCUCUCUCUCUCUCUCUCUCGCAAGCUGUAAUCCCAUCUCUUUUGCAACGAUUAAUGGAUACUUCAUCCCUCGAUCUGAGCCUGUUGUUGUGCGGCCUUGUCUUCGUCCAGUUUGAUUCCAUCGACCUCUUGCUCUCCAAGUCCUCUCAUCCUCAGAUUUUUAGUCAACCCUGUAUCUCCUCUUUCUGACCACAGGAAAAGCAGCAGAAAUCAAAUAGGAAUUGUGCGUAUAUUGUUGUCGGAGCCGCCAUCGCUGCAGAAGCAGCAAUGGGGAAGCGUAGCUCGCAGCGUAAACACGCUGCAAUGGUGGAUAGUGAUGAUGAUGAUAGUAGUGCAAGUUCUUCGUCAACUACCCGUUCGGACCGCAUGUCAGUCAGUGGGAAUGAGGAAGUACAGCUUGAGAAAGAUAGUUUGCUCGAUCAUGCUCUUGAUGCUUUGUAUGAGAAGAGGGGUUCUACUCGGGAGAAAGCAUUGUCAACAAUAAUUGAGGCUUUCAAUAGUGGCCUGCAGCAUGAGUUUGUGGAAAAGAAAUUCGCUACCUUGCUGCAUCACUGCAUAGCUUCAAUAAAGAAGGGUUCUGCCAAAGAAGUAUCGUUGGCAUCUCACGCUGUUGGGUUGUUGGCUUUGACUGUCAGUUGUGGUAAUAACGCACGAGAGAUUCUGGAAGAAACUUUUCCUACACUUGCACAGGCUCUCAAAACAGGAGCUGAUUCCUCAAAAACAUCUGCGUUACUGGAAUGUUUGGCUAUUGUCACCUUUGUUGGAGGAAAUGAUCCUGCUGAGACAGAGAGGUCAAUGCAAAUUAUGUGGCAACUGGUUCACCCAAAACUUGGUUCCAAUGUGGCUGCUGUUAAACCUUCGCCGGCAAUAAUAACAGCUAUGGUUUCUGCUUGGGCUUUUCUCCUUACAUCUAUAGAUGGGUGGAGCCUUGAUCCAAAAAGUUGGCAAGAGUCUAUUUCAUAUUUUUCUGGAUUACUAGAUAAGGAUGACCGAUCAGUCCGCAUUGCUGCUGGGGAGGCAUUGGCUGUGAUUUUCGACAUGGGAAGCCUUGAAAAGUUCUGUUCUCAAGCUAAAGACGCCAGUGACGGCUCUACUCAAGAUGGAAAGGAGUUGGCUCAUGUGCACGGUUUGAGAGGAAAAGUUCUGAACCAAGUCAGAAACCUCUCAGUGGAAGCAGGCGGUAAAGGUUCUGCCAAGAAAGAUCUCAAUAGCCAACGCAACUUGUUUAAGGAUAUCCUGGAAUUUCUUGAGUAUGGAAACUCUCCCGAGGCCUCAAUAAAAAUUGGUGGAGAUGUUUUACAGACGUCAACAUGGUGCAAAUUGAUACAGUUGAACUUUCUAAAGCACUUCCUUGGUGGUGGUUUUGUGAAACACAUGCAGGACAAUGAGCUCCUCCAUGAAAUUUUUGGCUUCACUCCGAAGAAAAAGUAUAAUUUAGGAGUUGAACACCAAAUGUCUAGUGGUGAAAAGAGGCUGUAUAAGUCCCCAAACUCGGUUAUUAACAAGGCAAGGACCCAAUUCUUGAACAAGCAGCGCAUGCUGUCCGAGGUAACUCUUACGCUUGAUCUUGGUUCUUACUUAGGGGUGCCAAAGCAGCUGCAUAGUCUGGGUAGGUGUACUUAUAGGUAGACUGAUAGAAUAACGACAUAUCUAAUGAAUGCGUGGGCCUUGUAGCAGAAUAUUGGAAUGAAAUCCUGUCUUUGUUUCUGGUUUUCUUCUCAUGCAAUUAUGAUGGUUUAGUGUUGCGUAAUCAGGUACUGAUGGAAACAUAUUGAAUCGUCUUACACGAGAUAAACACUAGCAUAUAUAGGCCCCUUCUCUUCCAU